GCGUAAGCUGCGCUAGCGCAAGGCAAGGUGCGGCCAAAGUUUAUAAAAGUAGUUGCGUCAGGCGCACGCCUCUCAUUCCGUUGUCAACCUCACGCGCGCGCGGACCUGCAUCAUGGGGAAAGACGAGCUUAUCAAAAACGUUCUCUAUGUUAUGAACAUUAUCUACGCGGUGUUCGGACUCGUCACCGCGGCCACUGGCAUCUGGUUCUUUGUGCAGCUGACUGAGUUCGUCGGCCUCAGGAACAGCAAUCAUUACCUACUGGACUACAGGAUCUACUGGCCCCAGGUUGCACCAUGGCUGUUCAUCCUACUCGGAAUAUUCAUUCUCAUGAUCUCCUUCUGUGGAUGGUGCGGUGCCAACCGGGAGAGCCGAGGGAUGCUCGGCCUGUUCGGGCUAUUCCUCGUCCUCAUCGUCGUGCUGCAGCUGAUCGCCGCCACCCUCAUCUUCGUGUACGUUGAUGGAGAAGACACGGACCGGUUCAUCAAGGAUACAGUGUACGAUGGAUACUACAACUCACAGUCUAACCCCGAUGUGUUCAAAGCUUUCGGAAAGAUCGAGCGCAAGCUGCGGUGCUGCGGUGCUAACGACGCGCGUGACUACAGGAGCUGGAGGAACGACCUGCCCCUGACGUGCUGCCUCGACAGUUACUAUCGUGCUACUUGUGAAUUCACCGACAAAGAGGCGAACGAACGUCUCGGUUGUGCUAAAGUGGCUUCAGUGUACACCAAGAUCAUCAGCUCUUCAGUGGCGGGAGCCUCGCUGCUCAUGUCACUGCUGGAGAUAUGUGGUAUAGUGUUGGCGUGGAAGCUGUUCCACUCGCUGCGUGAGGUGGAGCAUUACAUCACGGAGCGCAAGGAGGGUGAAACGGAGUGCUAGGUGUUCAGUGCCACAGUAUUAUAUCGAUACCGCCGAUCGAUGCCGCUACGGUAGAGACUCGCAACGAUCCGACGCCGACGGUCGCAGCCUGGAGUAACUUUCCCUUUCUAAGUUUUCUAUCUUGCAUGGUGUCUGUUUACUUCUGAAUGAAGUUCGUUUCCUUGUCGAAAGGAAAGUCUGAAACCUUUGUUCUCUUAGAUCUGAUAUAAUUACAUUCCACGGUUAGUGUUAAUUCGCUUUAAUUAAGCAAUCUCAUAGUGUAAUCCGUGUAGUCUCGCUCCGCCACGCCUUAGGUCAAGCUGUGCAUUAACGGCAUUACGCGAGUGAGUGGGCCCCGAGCCUAAUCAUUCGCUUCCUCCUUAGCUCGAUGAGUGUACCUGCUUGUGCAGUGCCUCAGUCGGACCUCAUAAUUGUACCUAAGACCUGGUGAAUCUGUCGGCCUCGCCCCACCAAGUGUCUUCGACACACACGAUUAACAUAGUUAGGUAUACAUAGCUUGGUACGUAAGUUUCGUAAGUUAUAUUUCGCGUUAAUAGGCGUCCAUGGACGAGUGGAGAUUGUGAAGCGAUAGAAGGCCGUCUAUGAGAAAAAUGUGACCUCAGAUUGGGCAGUGGGCUGUAGUGAGGAGUAGUUAGCGCGGUACAAGGUACUGCGUGUGUCACAUUCGGGGAUUGUGUAAGAGUGCGAGGUGUGGCAUAAUGGUGGUCGUGUUGUCGCUCGCGUUUCUAAGUUUAUUCAGCUCGGUCCAUCGAAAUAUGCAAAUUUUUACGCAAGACCGUAUUGUGAGUGUAUAAAGUAUGCUCAGCAGAACUUAUGGUAAUUUAUUACGAUGACGACAUAUUUGGGUUUCACAAUAUUAGUAGACGCGGCGUGUAUCGCGCAGUAGGUGCAGUAGUUGUAGUAAGACAUGUGCCAAGUGUUGGUGUUCAUAGCUUGCGUUAAUCACAAUAAUGGACAAUUAUAUUUUUUGUAUCGAGUUUUAUGUUUAUAUUUAUAGAUUUUUUUGUAAGUUUUUUGGAGCGUACUUCCGUCCUUUAUACCUAUAUAAAUGAGCCAUAUUUAAUAUAUUUUUAAUAAUUGUGUGUUUGUAACAGCGUGUGUACAAUUGCCAAAGAAAGUGUAGGUACAAAACUUUCAUUGAAAAAAAAGGAAAAUAUAUUUUUUUGCAUGUAAAAACCAUUUAUAAAUGAUAGUAGAGUAAGUCAGUAACCGAAACAAUGAUUACCGAUAUAAUAUAUAGCUGAUAGUUAUAAGUUAUUUUUAUACAAUACCUAAUAUAAUGUCAUUUAAGUCGAAACUAGUCUUAAGUCGUUUCGUUUUAAAAUAAAAAUUAAAUGUUAAAAUAUGUCAGAAAUGUAUUUUUAAUCGUUUCCUCGUUCUUAUGCUAAUUAUUAUCA